CACUGUGGCUUUUUCUUAUUCACCAUGCCCAGAAAGAAGGAUUUGUCAGCAGAUGAAGUUGGGAUUGAUAUAAACGAUGACGUCAGUGACAGUGAUGACGGCGCCACCCGGAGGCGAGCCAACAGAAGACAAGCAAAGGGAGGAGCCCGGGCCAAAAAAGCAGCCAGUGAGGACGAGGAAGAUGAUGAGAUUGUGGCUCCAAGAACACGAAGAGCAGCAAAGAAGCCUGUCAAGAAAGGUGAUGAAGAUGAUGAAAGUGAGGAUGAGGGCCCCAAGAAGAAGAAGCGAGGGGGAGCAAGCAAUAACAAAAAAGGAGGUAAAAGCCGAGACAGUGAGGAGGAGGACAGUGACGUGGAGAAAAGAAGGAAGGGGAAGAAGGGAGGCGGAAAGAAAGGAGGAAAGGAGAAGGAGGAGGAGCAAAGUAAAGGCAAGAAGGGAGAUGCCAAAGGAAAAGACAAGAAAAAGAAAAAAAAGGUGGAAAGUUCAUCCGAUUCUAGUUCAAGCUCAGAUGAGGAUGAGGAUUCCUUGUCUGAAGGAGAGAUGGCCUUGCUGAUGGAGGAGGUGGAGGAGAAGAAGAAACUGAUAGCCAACAUCAGGAACAAACCAUGGAGGAUGAAGAGGAGGCUGACACACCUGAAGGAAGCUCAAGAGUUUGUGGAUAAGUUUGAAGGAGCUCUUGGCAAAGGAAAAGGCAGGAAGUGGUACGCCUACAAAGUGAUGAUGACAAAGAAAUGGAUUAAGUUCCAGAGAGAUUUUGAAAACUUCAGAACGGCAUGUAUCCCCUGGGAGAGGAAGAUUAAAGAGGUGGAAAGUCACUUCGGGUCAUCUGUAGCUUCUUACUUCAUCUUUCUGCGCUGGAUGUACGGGAUGAACCUUGUCCUGUUUGGUUUCACCUUUGGACUGGUGGUCAUUCCUGAGGUUCUGAUGGGCCUUCCCUAUGGGUCCAUUCCUAGGAAGACUGUGCCCAGAGCAGAGCAGGCAACCGCUCAGGACUACUCUGUCCUCUUGGAUUUCAAUGGAUAUUGCAAGUAUUCCGUCCUGUUCUAUGGAUAUUAUAACAGCCAUCGGACCAUUGGCUUGCUGAAGUUCCGGCUCCCUUUGGCCUACCUUAUGGUUGGGAUUGGAACAUUUGGCUAUAGUCUGAUGGUUGUGAUCCGCACGAUGGCCAAAAAUGCAGACCUAGGCGGUGGGGAUGGAGAGGAUGGAGAGUUCACCUUUGGUUGGAAGAUGUUCACCAGCUGGGAUUAUCUCAUAGGGAAUGCUGAGACCGCGGACAACAAGUAUGCAUCCAUCACCACCAGCUUCAAGGAGUCCAUUGUGGAUGAGCAAGAGAACCAGAAGGAUGAGAACAUUCAUCUGCGGAGGUUCCUCAGGGUCCUGGCUAAUGUCCUCAUCACCUGCAGCCUGGGAGGAAGCGGAUACCUCAUCUACUUUGUGGUGAAGAGGUCUCAGGAGUUUGCCAAUAGAGAUGAUCUCAGCUGGUAUGAGAAAAAUGAGUUGGAGAUCAUCAUGUCUCUGCUGGGCCUUCUGUGUCCUCCACUGUUUGAGACGAUUGCGGAGUUGGAGGACUACCAUCCUCGGAUCGCCCUCAAGUGGCAGCUGGGACGCAUCUUCGCCCUGUUGCUGGGGAACCUGUACACAUUUCUCUUUGCCCUCUUUGACGAGGUCAACAGCAAGCUGGAAGAAGAGCAGUCCAUAAAAAAUGCCUCCAUCUGGGCCAUGAAGGAAUAUUACGCCAACUACUCCCGACUGGUCAAUGACACAGAGGCCACCCCACCCCCCAUGAACCCUGCUGAUGUGAUCAGAGGACCCUGCUGGGAGACGGCUGUUGGCAUAGAGUUUGUGAAGCUGACAGUGUCAGACAUCCAGGUCACUUAUCUGACCAUCCUGAUAGGUGACUUUGCCCGAGCAGUUAUUGUGCGUUUCCUUAACUACUGCUGGUGCUGGGACCUGGAGGCUGGAUUUCCCUCAUACGGAGAGUUCGACAUCAGUGGUAAUGUUCUUGGACUGGUCUUCAAUCAAGGAAUGAUCUGGAUGGGGGCGUUUUAUGCUCCCGGCCUGGUCGGAAUCAACGUGCUGCGCCUGCUCACCUCCAUGUAUUAUCAGUGUUGGGCUGUGAUGGCCACCAACGUCCCCCACGAGAGGGUAUUUAAGGCCUCCAAGUCCAACAACUUCUAUAUGGGUCUGCUGCUCCUCAUCCUCUUCCUCAGUUUGUUGCCUGUGGUUUACACCAUCAUGACCCUGUCACCCUCUUUUGACUGCGGACCCUUCAGUGGGAAGGCGAAGAUGUUUGAUGUGAUCAUUGAGACGAUCGACCUGGACUUGCCAGCCUUCAUUGGGACAUUGUUUAGCUAUGUAGCCAACCCAGGCCUCAUCAUACCGGCUGUUUUGCUCAUGGUGCUGGCCAUCUACUAUUUGAACUCGGUUUCGGAGGCCUACAAAAACUCCAACCUGGAUCUGAAGAAGAAGAUGCAGAUGGCUCGUGAUGAAGAGAAGAACCGGAGGAACAACACAGACAGCACCAACCAGGUCAUGAAAGAUUUGGAGGAUCUGCUACCAAACCGUUCCCUGGCACCCCCCACUCCACCACCAGAGCCUGAAAAGACAUCAGAUGCAAAGCCAACUAAAACAAAACCAGGGACGGCUGGGAAAGGCGUUCACCUGCAGAAAGACAUGUCACUUGCGUCAUCAAACCCUGGCCCCCGGGGGCCAAUUACCCGAGCCCCUGGACCAAGAGGACCAGAACCAAUAUCCGGUCCUGGCCGAGGCCGCGGGAGAGGAGCCCCAAGAAAAUGACAUAACAACCAUCAUCUUAGGCUCAUCAAAAAAACAUACAGUAUUUGUUGUUACAACUGGAUAUACUGUAGAUUGUGAUAUUUGACUCAUGUUUUUAUUCUUGUAUAGCGCUUUUCAAAAUACCGAAACACACUUUAUUAGUGAAAGUACUGUAGCUAUUAAGAUAAUCCAUUCAUUUUCUGUAACACUUAACCUGCCUGUCAAAAUAUGCAAUUCUUCUCAACUAGAGAGGAGAAAUAUGACCUCAGGGAAAAAUUAAGCUUAAAACAUUUAUACGCGAGAACAGCACAAAAAACCUUCAGCAUUUCAAUAUGUGAAGUCAAAUUAUGGAACGGAUUGAGUAAGGAACUCAAACAAUGCACUAAAAUGAGCCAUUUCAAGAAACGGGACAAGCAGUUGUUUACAAAGUACAAGGAAGAAGAGUCCUGAACCAGUGUGUACAUCCAAUGAUAUGUCUAAUUACUACUACACUUACUACAAACUCUUCACUCUUUGUGAGUACCUUGUCUUUACAGUGACAUGAACCUUGACUUUUAUUUUACGGCAUUGUUAUAUUACGCCAUCAUUUUCCCAUGUAUUUUAAUUAGCAAAGAGUACAUUCGGAAUACAGGACGUGAACAAAUUAUUUUUUUAUUGCAAUUGAUGGGAUGGGGGGUAGGAUUAAAUAAGCUUUGCUUCUUCCUACUACUUUUUGGACAUGUAGAACUGUGAACUGUACUAUGUGAUGUAUUCCAAUGUAACUUGUAUGCUUGUUCAAAAUAA